UUUCUUUUCCAGGUACAAGCUCGCAUUUCGUGAAAACUUUUAUCGGCGCUGGCAAUUCAAGUUCAGAAACUUAAAAAAGGAGUUGGCAUUUUUAGAAAUCAUCUCAGACCUAUGAAUUUUAAGAUCCUGCAUUUAAAGCGAAAUGAAAUUCUGCUUUCUGGAAGUAGAACAUAAAAUUAAACACAGCUUUCAAAGGCUUUAAUUCCUGUUCUCCAGCUUUCUCACCACCAUUUGCUGGAGUUUGAGGAGUGAAGCUGUUGGAAAAUACAUCUGAAAUGCACUCCAUUUUUUUCCUGUCCAAGUCCCCAGUUAAAGCCAUGUGGACAAAUGUUUCUGAGGUUGUGCUGGGUGUAAAGUUCCAACCAAGCAAAUCCAAACUCAGGCUCUGAGCCCAUGUUGCCAAAUACCUUCAAUGUGAAGGGCAUCUGGCUGGAAUAUUUAAGUAUGCACUUGAAUUAGCCAAGGUUUUGUUUUCACUGGAGGAAGGUUGGCCCAGAGGAUUUCUGACUGGAGCCACAACUGUUUGGUGAAUAAGAGCUUUUAGGGUUGAUGUGAAUUACAGCUUUUCAAGGUAUUUUUAACGCUUGAGGGGAAGUGUUCUAGUCUGUGGGAUUUGAGUAGAGAUGUGAGUUGGGAUGUGUAACACAUCACAAACCGUGUCCCACUCUUCCCAAACCCUUUCUGCUGUGGUGUAAUGCUGCAUACUGUACAAGUAGCUCCAGUAUUGGAUUUCUCAGCUUUUAAUAUUUGUGUGCUGCUGAAUUCUCCAUGAGAAGUCAGGAACUGCAACUUUAGGUCUUUUGCUUUCUCAUUUUCCAUAACUCCAGGACUUGUGUAACUCUGGCUUACUGAUGCUCUCCCGCAUUCCUCGCUUCCCAAUCCCUGCAAACAGCUGCUGGCUCCAGCAGCUUUCAGCAAGAACUGGCAGGAGGCUGAAAUACGCCCCUCGCUCCUCCUUUGGAGCAGCAGUCCCAGCGCAGGAAAUAUUUUUCCACUCUGAUGGGGAAGUGGAUGUUGGAGCACGCGACACUCACGUGCAGUCAGCCCCGGGUACCUUCACGUGUGGUCCAGGAUUCACAGCAUCGCUGCCACCCCGGGUGAGGGACAGGCUGUUGUCACCCAGCUGUUACCCCAGCGAGUGUGAGGUGGCCUGGGAAGGACGUGGCUUUUCUGCUUUGGUGUCUUUUCUGCUUCGGUGUCUUGCUUGUUUGCAUUUCCUGCUGCUGUUUCAGAAAGGAAGGAAAACGAAUUGCUGACUCCCUCCUCACAGCCUCCCUCUUCUCUUCUCUGCUUGUGGCUGCACAUGAAUAUUUGGUCCCCAGGAGAAAAUGGUGUAAGGCCAGCACAGCUGCCACUUCCAACCACGGCGUGCCCAGACCUCAGGGAGGAACAUGGCAGCAGCUCAGGGAGCGGGAAGCGGUUCAGCCGGGCCGUCCGGCCCGCCCGGUUCUGCCCCGGGGCACAGCAGCACCUCCACGGCAGUGGCGGUGUGGGAAUGGCAGGAUGAAUUUGGCAGGUGGAGGCCUUACCGAGGCAAUGUCUGCAGCUACAUUGAGCAGGUUAUCCAGGCCUCUCAGCAGAAGGGCCGGCGCUCAGGGUCGGGGCUGGCCAGCAGCAUCCCUUUGGGACACGCGGAUCCCGCCUUGGCUCCCUAUGUCAUCGACAUUCCAAGCUUGAUGCAGUUCCGGCAGGACACAGGGACGAUGCGGGCUGUCCGCAGGCACGUCUUCCCAGGGGACUCAGCUGCUGGGCAGGGCAUCGUCUGGGAGUGGCAGAACGACGAGGGCGGGUGGUCCCCGUACGAGAUGAACGUCUGCGUGUUCCUGGAGCAGGCCCGUGCCACCAACCACCAGCGAGUGGAUCUCGGGCCCUUGGGCUACAACUAUGAGGUUGACUUUGUGGCUCAAGUCCAGACCAACAAGACCACGAGGUUCCGCCGCAGCGUUCAGAGGCGUUUGGACGCCCCGUACCCGGUGACGACCUCUGCCACACCCCUUCACACAGGGGUGGGAUGUUCUUGCCAGCAGUGCUGGCCAAACAGCGGGACUGGUCCCAUCACCACACGCUACCGUCACUCCAUGACAAACUUUCCCAACUCUUCCACUACUCAUCAGGCUCCUGGCAGGACUGCGUCUGUAAGUUCUUCCAACGUUGGCUACGUGCCCUAUAACAAACCCACUUUGACUGGAGCAAGGUCAACACCAAGACUCAGUGCACAGAACCCCUUGGUUUUGGCUCAAACUGGGAGCCUCAGUGCAGCACUGACAGCAUCUAAUGGAGUCAGUACCCAGGCCCUGCCUGUCAAGAUGCCCAAACCCAGCAGGGUGAGCCAGGCCCUGGCAGGCAUGACAGCUAUUCUGAUGUCAGCCGCCGGACUGCCCGUGCACCUCACCCGUGUGCCGCAAGCUGCCAGCACCCAUAAGGCCACUAAAAAACACAGCUCAGUUAAGGAGGGGAGGAAAGUGUCCAAGAAAGCCACACCAACAGAGCCAGAAUCAGUGGUGAAGAAGUACUUAGAAGAGCUGAAGAGUGCUCCUGCUGAUGAGGACUGCAUGAUCUGCAUGGAGAAGCUGUCCUCCCCCUCGGGCUACAGCGACUCGUGCCAGUCCAGCACCAUCAGGCCAGAGGCCGUCGGUCGCCUGAGGAACUGCCAGCACUCCUUCCACAUGCUCUGCAUGCUGGCCAUGUACUCCAAUGGGAACAAGGAUGGCAGUUUGCAGUGUCCCUCCUGUAAAACCAUCUACGGAGAGAAAACCGGCACCCAGCCCAAAGGGAAGAUGGAGAUCUCCACUUUCCCCCAGUCCCUCCCAGGACACAAGGACUGUGGGACAAUCAGGAUUGUGUAUCACAUCAGCAGGGGCAUCCAGGGCCCGGAGCACCCCAACCCUGGGAUGCCAUACACAGCCAGAGGCUUUCCUCGCUAUUGUUACCUGCCAGACAAUGAGAAGGGCAGAAAGGUCCUGGAGCUCCUGAAGGUGGCCUGGAAGAGACGCCUGAUUUUCACAGUGGGCACCUCCAACACCACAGGCGAGAGCAACACGGUGGUGUGGAACGAGAUCCACCACAAGACUGAGAUGGACUCAAACCUGAGUGGCCAUGGCUACCCUGACCCCAACUACCUGGACAAUGUGCUGGCAGAGCUGGCUGCUCAGGGUGUCACCGAGGACUGCCUGGGCCAGUGAG